CAGAGAAUGGAGGUGGAGGGGGAGAGGAGAGGAGAGCAGGGGGAGGAUCCAGAGCUUCGGCCGUCUUUCUUUUCACUAGCUCUGGAGUGGAGUUUAGAAAAGCCUGAAAUGACUAAUGAGAAAGCAAUGAUCCUGGACUAAACUCUGAAUCCUCAGCCUCUUUCCUGCAGUCUGCCGCUGAUUUACAGCAGAAGUAUGACGGGGUGAAGAGAGUUUCUCUCUCGGCUCAUGCUUACAAGCUAACUCCAGCAGACGAGAUGGAGGAGGGAUAUGAGCUCGACCUCACCUACGUGACGGAGCGCAUUAUUGCGGUGUCCUUCCCUCAAGACUGCUUCGAGGAGACUUACCUCCGGAACCUGAGAGACGUCACACGCAUGCUCCGCUCCAAACACGCAGACAACUAUCUGGUGAUCAACCUGUCCGAGAGAAAGCAGGAGCUCACUAAGAUGAACCCUAAGACUCUGGACACUGGAUGGCCGGACUUCCACGCUCCUCCUCUGGAUAAGAUCUGCACCAUCUGUAAGGCCAUAGAGAACUGGCUGAACGCUGACCCGCUGCACGUGGUGGUCAUUCACUGCAGGGGAGGGAAGGGCAGGGUUGGGGUGGUCAUCUCCUCCUUUGUUCAUUUCACAGACGUCUCUGCCAGCGCGGACCAGGCUUUAGAUCGCUUCGCCAUGAGGAAGUUCUAUGAUGACAAGGUUUCUGCUUUGAUGACGCCGUCUCAGAAAAGGUACGUGAGGAUCCUCAACAGUCUCCUGAGCGGCUCCAUCAAGAUGAACACGUCUCCUCUCUUCCUGCACUGCGUCAUCAUUCACGGUCCUCGCUUUGACCCCACAGGAGGCUGUCAGCUGUAUCUGAAGGUGUAUCAGGGGAUGCAGGUGGUGUAUGUCUCCGAGUCUAUCACGUUGGAGCCGCUCUCAGAGACAGGAUCUCACGUCGCUCUGGAACCAGCUCAGCUUCUGAAAGGAGACAUCAUGGUGAAAUGCUUCCAUAAGAGCGGUCGUUCUGAGCGAGACGCUGUUUUCAGAGUUCAGUUUCACACAGGAGCCGUUCAGGCCUACAGCCUCGUGUUUCAGAAAGACGACAUGGAGCAGGCUAACAAAGAUGCCAGAUUUCCAGAGUAUGGGAAAGUGGAGCUGCUUUUCUCCGAUGGCCCAGAAAGACUUUCAGGUUCAGAGCGCUGGCACAACGGCCCAGAGGUGACCGUCGACUACAUGAGCGCCGACUCUCUCUCCAAGUGGAACUCCUACCAGAACAUCUGCACUGCAGAAGCGGCUCCUCUCCAGUGUCUCACGGUGGACCGAUGCUCGGUGAGGAGGAACGGCAGCGCCACGCUCUCCUCCAGCCCUGACCACACGCUCUCGGCCAGCAGCGACUCGGGUCUGUCCAGUGCCUCGCUGCGCACCGACGGCUGGCCCAGAACCCCGCAGCCCAGCCAGCAGGAGCGCGUGGAGCUCAAGCGGCUGCUCAGCGGCUUCGGCCUGGACGAGAUGAGCCGAGGCUGCGCUGCUCCGGAGCUGCCGCCGAGACUCGAGAAAGGACCGAAGGAGCGCGAGACCGACAUCCUGGACGACGAGGCGCUGGCCUUGCGGCACGACCUGCACAGCAUGGACAGUCUGGGCACGCUCUCCUCGUCCUAUCACAAGAGCAGCCAGAACUCACUGCUGUCAGAUGGCUUCGGCAGCCCCGGCCGCACAGACGAGCCUCACGCGUUCCAGCACGCCGGAUACUCCACACAGACCUGGGUCCAUCAGCAGCAGCUGGUCGCCGCUCAGCAGUACUCGUACCUGCCGGAGGAGGACGCCGCGGAGGAACGCUUCAGCCACCACCUGCAGGAGCUGCUGCCUAAAGCCCCCGUGCAGAACCGCUGUCCUUCGAGCUCCACCGUCUCUCAGAGCCAAGACACGGACAAGAAACACGAUGAGGAGUUCAGCUCUCUGGCGCUGGACAUCGAUAACUCCAUCCAUCAGCUCAACCAGCUCAUCCUGGACCUGGAUCCCACUUUUGUGCCCAUUUCCACUAAACCCAGCUGCUUCAGCCGAGCACGCUGGAGCAAGCGCUCCGACCAGCGUCAAACAGUCUCUGCCCGCUCCGAGCGCCCACAGCUCUCCUCUGAGCGCGGCCCGAGCCCUGUCCUGCAGCCGUCUGAGGAGAAGCUGGAGGCGCUGGAGUCUGACGGAGAGCUGUCUCAAGGCUCGGUGUCUCCCAGCGGUUUCUCCAGUCCUCACAGCGGCAGCUCGCUCAGCAUCCCCUUCCCCAGCGUGCUGCCCUCGGACGGGCUGACCGUCAACCGUCGGCAGGACACCUCCAAGUACUGGUACAAGCCUGACAUCGCUCGGGAGCAAGCUAUCGCUCUCCUGAAGGACAAGGAGCCUGGCUCCUUCAUCGUGAGGGACAGUCACUCAUUCAAAGGAGCGUACGGACUGGCCAUGAAGGUGUCCACACCACCACCAUCAGCCCUGCAGAGCCGGAGAGGAGUGGAUCUGUCCAGCGAGCUGGUGCGUCACUUUCUGAUCGAGUGUUCGGCGCGGGGCGUCCGGCUCAAGGGAUGUCCAAACGAACCCUACUUUGGCAGUCUAAGUGCUCUGGUCUGUCAGCACUCCAUCACUCCUCUGGCUCUUCCCUGUAAACUCAUCAUUCCUGACAGAGAUCCUCUGGGCGCUGUCAGCUCUUCAUCACAGUCCAUCACCAACUCUGCGGCUGAGCUGCUGAAACAAGGAGCAGCCUGUAACGUGUGGUUCCUGGGCUCGGUGGAGAUGGAGUCUCUGACGGAUCAGGCGGUGCAGAAGGCCACCGCCGUGGUCCUGAGUGCCACUCUCCCUUCCUCCACCGUGAUGCACUUCAAAGUGUCCUCGCAGGGAAUCACGCUCACCGACAACCAGAGAAAGUAAUGCAGCCCUCACACACACACACAAGUUCACGGGGAAGCUUAAAUACUGUCUUAAAGUGUUCUAGUAUUUCAUGAGAGUCCUCUACAACAAGCUUAAAUACAUCUAAAAGCAAAAAACACUGUAGUUUCACAGAAUAUACAUUGUUAAUAUUAGAGUCAUUUGUUCUUAAAACAAUGAAAACAUUUAUUAACCCUAUCCCACGGCUUAGGUUUAACUGCUAAACUGUUAAUACUUAACAGUCAAUAACUGGUUUAAGCUGCUCAGAAGGCCGGUUUUAAUCACAUUACAAACGAGGCAUUCGUUCCAGUGGGAAGCAGAUUCUUUUAAUAAGAAAACACUUAAAGGUUGUGAGUCAGAAGCUCCAGACUGUUCUUGUAGAGAAUCAGUCUCUUUAUAGU